GCUGAGACAGCUUUAGCCUCCGAGCUUGUGCCCUGUCCCAUCUCUCUGGUCUCUCUCUUUUUGCUCAGAGGAUAUGAUCUUUGAGGCAAGGACUCCUGUUUCUGUGAACAAGAGGUACUCAAAGGUUGGGCUGAGCAAUCCUAUGGUGAGUUAUUUCUCGUGAAAGCCGUUGCCUUUGACUGGAUACAGGUGUUUAGCCUUGAAGAUUGAGAGUUGAACUACUCAUCGCUAAAUUAUGUGCUCAAAGCAUGCAGAGAAUGUAGAGGGAGUAGUUCUGGAAGGUGCCAAAGGCAAAGGUGGAGAAAAGGGCCAGAAAAUGGAGUAAUUUUGAAGUCUUCUGGAACCGUCUGGUUGGUCAUGGUCAAAAUAGCAAAUAGAAUUUAGGAACUAUGAGGAAGAGCUCAAAAAAAAGAAGCAAGGAACAUUUUUUACUAUUUCUUUGGAUAUUGCUCUUCUAUUCUCAAUGCUCCAUUCGAUUUUUCUUGCCACACCCCAAAAAAGACACAGGGCUGGAAGGACUACAGAAAAGGGCGAUCAGCUGGUUAGCGAUACGGUCUGUUUUCUGAGGGAAGGUUCUGGUUCUUUAACCUGGAAAAGAGAUGACCAUGAAGAGAAUCCUUAGACAUUGAGCGGUUUGGAGAAGGUGAAAAAGGAACUGGUUCACAAGGCAGAACAAUGAAGGUAUAGGCUUUUGUGCUUAAAAAAAAUAAUAGUUUUUCAAAUUACAUGAUUUCUAAGUUCAACCUUGGGUCAUUCCUAACAUGCGAAGGCAAGUUUAAUUCAUGUACGUGCUGUUCUCGCACUGUUCCCUUAAGUGGUGGCAUAUGGGGCUGGACUUUGUCAGACCCAUCCUGAUGACUUCUAUGAGAAAAUCUGACUUGUGUGCAUUUGGAACAACCCCACCCACCACAAAAGCCCGAUUUGGAUCGAGGCUGUACAGUCCCUCCCCUUUGCUCAGGGUCCUUGUUCUCUCUCCAGAAGUGUCCUGUGGCAGAAGGACAACAGAGAGGAUGGUGAAGGAGGUGCUCUCGGUAGCUGCAUGUUACCCGUCCGUGAGCUCAACCUGGCUUAAAAGAGCAGGUUCAUCACGCUGGACAGCAGGAGAGCGCUGUAACGUGUGCUGCUCCUGGGUGAGGCAAGCAGCUAUCCAUUGCAAUCUGAAUCCGAAUGGUAUUGAUCACCCUGUCCCCACAGAAGGUAUUAGUCUGCAACUUGAAGGUGAAGGAGUUGAAUCGCCCUCUGCGAAGAACACCAGUGCUCCAAAAGGGCCUGAGUCAAAAGAGACACCCAAAAAGCAACAAGUGGAACCAGAAAUAUCUAAGUCCGGGACUGUGAAGCUGACCAAGCCUGUGGCAUUAUGGACCCAGCAGGAUGUCUGCAAAUGGCUGAAGAAACAUUGCCCUAAUCAGUAUCAAAUCUACAGUGAGUCAUUCAAACAGCAUGACAUAACUGGCCGUGCUUUGCUGAGACUUACUGACAAAAAGCUUGAACGAAUGGGCAUUGCCCAGGAAAGCCUGCGACAGCACAUUCUGCAGCAAGUCCUUCAGCUGAAGGUGAGAGAAGAAGUCCGAAACCUCCAGCUGCUUACACAAGGAAUUUACACUGCUGGGCUUCUGGUUGAUGUAGUCUUCAUCAGCUAACACCUUUAUGGACAAUCUGAAUGAGCAGAGCUGGAAAUAAGAGGAUAGGAAAUGUCCUUCUGGAUCAGAACGCUAUCCCACUUCCAAAUGCUCUGUCUCUGACAGAGCCAAGAACCCUGGACUCUCUCUGUGGUCUCAUCCCCUUGUGCUCCCCAGCAUCCAGAAGUACUGCAUUAGGAAGAAUCCCUGCCUAGUUCUUUUGCUAUCCAUUUAGUAUCUGUCUUAUUUUGUCAUCAACCAAGUUCUUCACAAGAAAUCUUUUUACAAACAGAAAUAUGGCAUCCUCAGUGGAGCCAAAACUUCCAAAGCCUACCUUUGUGUGCCUUCGGUUGGGACUCUUCUGCCUUCUACAGAGACGAAGCAAUCCCACUGUUAUGUGCGUGCAGUAGUAGCCAUGCAUCCUCUGUAUUUCACGUACAGACCAGUCACAUCUCAGACACAUCAGAGGAAUUGUUCCUGUUGCUCUCCAUUGAUUAUUGUAGAAGAUCAGGAUGUCUGUCAGGUAUAUUUGUCUACAGGGCAGACGACUAAUAUUAGGUGAGAUCAAUUCCCACUCGCUAUGCCUAGAUGUAAACUCCCAAGCAGCAAAAUGCGGUUCUGAAGGCUGGAUGAAUUGCCCUCUUCACUCAGAUAACACAGUAUUUCUGAUUUUAUGAAACCAGUGCUACUGACGCCUGCAUAAAUGUGUUCUGUUAGCAAAGUGUUUCACCAUAUUGGUACUUGUAACAAACACGAAAGUCACUUAAACCCUUUUUGAAAAUAUAAAGUUUUGCUGUUUUCAAUCCACGUAGGUGGACUUUGCCAAAUAGUUCAAAAGCAUUUUUUCUUCCUGUUGUUGCUAGCAUUUAUGGCCUGUGCAAUAAAGAUUUAUAAUUACUGGAAAGAAUCAAUGGAGGUGGGAGAAAAUCCCUCCCCUUUUUAUACUUUUGUAAACUUGCUUUUCUAAGUUAUAUA